AUGCAGCGGACAUACGCGUCUCUGGCACGCAUUGUCAGCGGAGUUCCCAGCACCACCGACCCGGAAUCCGCUCUCCUGGAGGCCAACAUGCCUCCGCUUCAUGUCCUGUGCAUACGCGCUCGCCUCUCCAUUUUUGAGCAGCUGCGUGCAUGCAAGAUGGACUGGUUGCGGAAACCUCCGCCUGAGCCACCGCCCAGCGCUGGUUUCCGCGUCUCGCCCGUGUCUCGGGAUGAACUUUAUGCCUUUGUAGACGAGUGCACAAAGGAUACUGGCAUUACCGUGAACACACCGCGCGAGGAGCGGUUUUUCAAGAGUUCCUCCUCCCCCUGGGCCGCGAAGUUCGCUCAUCGGGUAACUUUUGGGGUGGAACUCGUGAUAGACCGCUCAAUCACUAGUGUGAGUGAGCUGAUGAGGGAAAAGCGCAGGGUCAGUGAAGAGGCUCUGGCGCAGCACAGCCACCGUGCAUGGGUACUUGCAACAGACGGUGGUGUGGACUUUCCCUUGUCAGCGGGGGUUGGGAUACUGCUCUCCUCCUUGACCUCCUCCGAGGUCAUUGGGCGGGCUAGUAUCAACUGCGGUGCAUGCCCUUGCAGCUACAGGGCGGAAUCCUGUGCGCUGCUCCUGGCUCUGGAAAGGCUGAUUGCCCCCCGUAUACAACAACGCACCAAAACGUUGCUUGUGGUGACGGAUAGUCAGUCCCUUCUGGCGGCUCUCAACAAGGGCCCUCUCAGCCAGUCUGACUGGGUGGAAGACCAGAUCUGGCGGCGUCUCUUGACGCUAACGCGGGCUGGCUGGUCUGUGCACCUGCAGUUCUGUUAUGGACAUUGCGGAGUACCUGCGAACGAACUCGCGGAUCAAUAUGCGACUCAGACCAUGGCAACUGGCCUGUACACAGAAGAUCGUACUGCUCCUCUGUGGCAUAAAGAUCUGUUGGCGUGCCUCACCACACACCUCAGCAAACAGUGGUGUAGCAGCAUACGUCAAGACACCCACCGCUAUCAGCUAUGUGGCCCCAAGCCCUCUGAUCUAAGCGGCACAGACCUGAUCACUGGAGAACUCAUGUACCGAUCAGAACUUGUGCAUCUUGCACGGGCAAGAUGUGGAGAGUCCGAGCUAUGGGGUCGCCUAUACUGGGCUAUAAGAGACUGCAUGAACAGCUGUCGUUUCUGCAAUCUCUCACAGGAGCAAUCUGCUGUCAUCCGAUCCCAUUUGGAUCCCACUGCGCCAGGCUCGGAAGAUGUUCCCCCGACGGAACCGGUGGCUGCCACGUCUUCUAGCGGAAGGCGGCCGUCGGCCACGCGACGCAAGGAGAAAUGCCCGCACUGUGACACAACAUUGGUAAGUUUCUCGAACCUCACCAGUCACUGUCGGUCCUUUCACCCGGAACACCCCCCGCCCUCGCCUGAACUACGGUGUGACUUCUGCGAACUGGUAUUCCCGUCGCGGAGAAGCACUGCACAGCACAGGACACGUUGUGCCCACAACCCGGAUGCCAUCCGACAUCGCACCAGCGGCGCGCGACGACGGUCUUUGCUACCGCAAGACCAACCUCCUUCGACAUCAAAGGCAGAUGGCCCGCAGGAAACCCUGCACCAUCUGCUAUUCGAGUGUCCUGGCACCCUGUCUGCGAGGCAACGGCUUGGCAUUGAUGAGGACCUGCGAUCCAAUAAGUUCUCCCAAUGGCAGUUGUUACACAGCAAGAAACUUUUGUCAAUGCUCGAUUGUAUAUUUGGUACACAAAUGGCUAUACACAGCUAA